GGCCAUCGGGGAGGCAGCUGCCAGAUUCCUUGGGAGGAGAAGUCAGACUGCUUGGAUUUGCUCAAAGAUCGCCAGGAAAGAUGAAGGCAACGCUUGCAGCUUUCCUAGCUGUCCUCCUGUGUGUGGAGAGAGUGUCGUCACUCGUGUGCUUCCAUUGUGAUAAUGAGUCGACCAACUGGAACUGCUUAAGCAUGAAGACGUGUGAUGACACGGACAAGUACUGCGUCACAAAAUACCUCGGCGGAGGAUACGGUGAAAACCGCAAGCAGUCCAUCAGCAAGGGCUGCUCCCCGAUGUGUCCCCAAGGAGGCGUGGAUCUGGGCGUCAUGGCUUUCUCGGUGAAGUGCUGCGAGACCCACUUGUGCAAUGUCAGUGGGGCGGCCGGCGUGAAGAGCAGCUUCACCGUGCUGGCCGUGGGCGCCCUGGCUAGCCUCUUGUACGUCUUUGGCGCCAAGCUGUGAGGACUCGAGGGGCCGGCGCGGCUUCUCCCGCAGAGAGAGGCCCCGAUCCCCUUCAUCUGCAAAGCUGGCUGUUAAGAACAUGCUUCCAACCCCCAACCCUGGGCCUUUGUAAGGGCAACGAAGUUGUGUCUUGUAGCACCAUGCAGCUUGGCUGGGAAAGUCCCCCACAACCUCCCCCUGUCUAUAAAUUCACCUGUGUGUAGGCCGCUCAGUAGAAGAAGAAGAAGAGGAGUUUGGAUUUCUAUCCCCCCUUUCUCUCCUGCAGGAGACUCAAAGGGGCUGACAAUCUCCUUCCCCCCUCACAACAAACACCCUGUGAGGUAGGUG